AUGUUUAGACAGAACAAGAGAAGAUUAGCAGCUAGAAGGAAUAACGAUUUAUCGUUUGACGAUAGCAAUACCUCGAUCAAAUUAGAAAAUGGUACCACAGGAUUUCCUUCAAAUGGAUCGCUUACUUUAGAUGAACAGAAACUGUACAAUAAUAUUAGUAAGACUAAAUUGAAUUUUUAUGAAUUACCUCCACAAGGGGAAAUUACUUUAGAAGAAUUUGAAACGUGGGCUAUUGAUAGAUUAAAGAUUUUACAAGAGAUUCAAUCAUGUAUUUCAAGAAAUAAAUCUAUGAAAGAAAUUGCUAUUAUAAUCAAACCUCAAUUACAAAAAUUGUUACCAUCUACUUCAGCAUCAUCUUCAACUGGGAAUGAUUCAUUUUUAGAAAAGAAAAAAGAUUAUUAUUCUCAUUAUAUUUUAAGAUUAUGUUUUUGUCGUACAAAAGAACUAAGAGAAAGUUUUGUUAGAUCUGAAACUUUAUUAUUUAAGAUUAGAUUUAAUAUGUUAACCUCUGUUGACCAAACAAAAUUUGUUCAAUCAUUAAAUUUACCAUUACUUCAAUUUAUCUCUGAUGAAGAAAAAGCAAAAUUGUCUCAACAAUUAUAUCAAACUACAUCUCCUUUGCUACAGUUUCAAUUAAACUUAAAUGAUGAACAACAACGUAAAGCCUAUUUUGCGCGGGAGAGAUAUAUUAAACUACCAUUUGAAAAUGUUAUUGAAUUAGUAGGGAAUCGUCAAGUGUUUAUAAAGGAUGGGUAUGCAUAUUUACCACAAUUUCAACAAUUGAACUUAUUAGCAUCUGAAUUCUCUAAUAAUAUUAAUAAUUCCUUGAUAAAGACUUUCCAAUAUAUGCCAAGGUUAAACGAGGAUGAUAGACUUUUACCAAUUCUGACACAUCUGUCGUCUGGUUAUGCCGUUACUGACUUUGAUGAAAAUAAUGGUCAGUAUGGUGAUAAUUCAGAUAAUGAAAUUAACGCUGAAUCUGUUUGGUCACCAGAGAUUAUGAAGCAUUAUCCACUUUCUGUAAAGCAUUUGAUGGAGGGUUUGAAAACCAAUCAUCAUUUAAGAUACAAUGGUAGACAACAACUAAGUUUAUUUUUAAAAGGUAUUGGAUUAAGUGCAGAUGAAUCAUUAAAAUUUUUCUGUAAAGCAUUUACUGAUGGUGGACAUAUGACGACAGAAAAAUUUAAUAAAGAAUAUAGAUAUAAUUUUAGACACAAUUAUGGUCUAGAAGGUAAUAGAAUUAAUUAUAAACCUUGGGAUUGCCGUACAAUUUUAUCGAAACCAAGACCAGGUAGAGGUGAUUAUCAUGGUUGUCCAUUUAGAGAUUUUAGUAAUGAAAAAUUGACGUCAGAAUUGCAAAAGAUGAAUUUAACUCCAUCACAAAUUGGUAGUGUAUUAGACUCGUGUAAUAAAGGUGAAUACACUACUGCCAAUACUAAAGUCUUUGAAUUCACACAUGAUUUCAACGGUAAUGACCCAGAAAUUAAUGAUCAAACCUUAAUUGCACAUCCAAAUCUUUACUUUGAAAGGUCAAGGCAAUUAGAGAAGAAAAAGAAAGAAAUGGAAGAAAAAAUUAAAGGAACAGCAGUUAAUUAA